CUUGAAAAAGCGCGGGGAUGCAGCAGUAUGCCGCCACGCCGACACCCGAGACGAACAACAUACGAUCGCUCAUUCUCGAGAAAGAGAAGGAACUGCAUGACAUCAACGAGUACCGCAUCCGCACCCUGGAGGGCCUUCUGAAGGAGAAGGAGCAAGCGAUGCAAGGGUACAAACAGAAGUUUUACCAGCUCCAGGAAGACUUCAAGUACAACCUCAAGUUGUUGGAAGGUCGAGACGAAGAGCUCGCAAUGUACGACAGCAACUUUGCCACCCUCAAGAUCGUUGUCCGAGACCGAGAGAGCGACGUGAGCGAACUCAAGAUCCAACUCGCGGACGUGCAGAGCGAUCUCAAGAUGGAAAAGCAAAAGGCGAGUGAAGGAGACAUGUACAUGCAGCAAAAGCUCAAGGAAGUCCGCGGGGCGAUGGAGUCCACGCGAUGGAGUUACGACGAGGAUAUGCGAAAGGCCAAGGAAGAGGUCGAGUCCAUGAAGCGACGGUACGAGCGCGAGCUACGCGAGAAGGACGAAGACAUCGAGAGCAUCCGGCGCGAACUCACCGUCACGUUCGACGACGUCCUUCGCCAACGGGAGCAAGAGUUCCGAGCCGCCCACGACGACGUCGGCGGCAAGGCUCGGGAUUUGGAGCUCAAGGUCAAGUCCAUAGGUCGAGAGAAUGACACGCUCAAGGAACGCAACCACGAACUCCGUCGCAAAGUCGACGAACUAGCGGAGCAACUCUCGGACAGCGACAAGGCGCAAAAGGGGCUGCAGUGGGAGGUCGCGGACGUCCGCGCUCUCAACCAAGCCAAGAUCGCCCAGUUGGAGCAAGAAACGAUGGAUCUGCAGGCCGUCAAGCAGGCGCUUCUGGACGAGUACGAGGCCAAGAUGGCCGACCUGCUGCAGUCGCUGCAUGCUGUGGAGAAGGCGUUUCUGGCCCAGAAAGCCCAGUUUCACGACGACUUGAAGCGCGCGGAAAAGACCAGCGAGGACGAGCUCAACGCGCACACGGCGAAAAUGGAAGCUCGUAUCCAAGCGGUCGUGGCCAAGCUGCGUGUAGCCGACGAAGCGUUGGAAAAGGUGCAAACCGAAUGCAAGCAAGCCAAGUGGGAAGCCCAAGACCAGUUGCUGCAGCGGGAACGAGACAUGGACCGAUUGACUAGCGAUCAUGAGGAUGCAUUGAACCAGCGGGAUGCGAUGCUCAAGCAACUCAAGCACGACAUGUGGCAGGUCGAAAUGGAGCUGAAAACGUCCAGAGAGUCGGCGCGAACGUCCGUGCAGCUGAUCCAAGACGGCAAAGAGACCGAAGCGACGUUAAGGCGGGACCUUCAACUGGCCCACGACACCAUCGACGAGCUCAAACGACACGUCCACACCACGAGUUUGAGUUUGGAAGUCAAGCUGCAAGAAGCAGAGCACGAGUGGACGGCGCGGCACAACGUCCGCAUGCGCGAAGUGGCGGCGGCAAAAGAGCGCAUGUCGGCCGAGAAGCAGGCAGCCGAAGAUCGGCUCAAGCAUGCCGAAGCCGAAUUGACGCGAGUACGUGGGGAAUUGUACGCCCAAAAGGCCCUGGUCAAAGCAAACGAGGCAUUUUCACUGCCGAGUGUGCCGUCGCAAGUGUCGCCCGUGUGGAGCGACGCGGGGAGUUUGCCGCCUGCACUGUUGUCGAUGCAAUCCCCAGCAACUUCUCCAGCAACACCACCACCACACGAUCACAGCAACGACCAUCACCAGUACCACGUCGUUGCAGCGGAAAACGCUAAACUCAAAGGCAUGAUUCGAACCAUGACGGAAGAGCUCAUGAAGCAGUCGGCGGCGUUACCUUCGCCAACAUCACCACCACCACGUUCCCAAGCCAACGUCCAAGCCACGACCAUUGGGCAGUUGGAAAGCCAGAUCCAGGACCUGCAUGUCCAAGUCGACACGUUGCAAAAGGAGCUACUAGCGGCGAGAACCAACCAGACUACUACUGCGAACAACAACACCUUUGUCGACACAACGGCCAAUUGCACCACCACCAAUCAAGAGGGCGUGAUAGCUGACCUGCGCAAGCAACUGGCCGACGCGUUAGCCCAAGUAGACGUGCUGAAAGCCGAACGGAAUGCGCUCAUGGAGCUUAGCAAUCAACUCACUGCUGAAAACCGCAAGUUGCAACUCGGGACGGACAGUUCGCUUGCACUCAAGCAGCAGGAAGGGCGGGUGGCCGAGCUCACUCAUGCGCUGGAUGAGGCCAGAGGACACAACAAAGCCCUGAAAAAAGAACUGCGACGAUGGUUGAAGCGAGAAGACGCGGCUAGUCCCACUAGCUCCAUCGCAGCACCACACCAAACCUGCGAUACGGUCGUCAUGUCGUUGCAAGCGGCGAAACGUCAAGUGGAGGCGGCAAGGGCAACUAGUAGCUUCACGGACACGACGACCACUACUAGUACUUCGUCACCUCCGACUACUACCAUGUCGGAUGCCAGACUCAAGCUCAAACAUGCCAAGGAAGUGCUUGCGUUGGCAGGAAAGAAGGUGGAAGACCUGCCUGGGGGACGGCCGAUGCGCGCGCCGUCGCUCGUGCACCGGGAGACAGAUAGCCAACGAUCUGUCAUGUCCAAAUUAAAGGAACUCCAGUCCAAGCGGGCGGAAAUGGCCCAAGAGCGCAAAAAAGUGCGCAAUUACAGUAUCCCGUCGUCGUGACAAUAAUAUGUGACACGGUCCACACCUCACGAUUCAAACCCCUGUGACACGGUAUACACGAAUGAAACAGGUUGGUACUUUGACGAUGGGGGAUGAUAGUAGUAUUGUGUGUGUAUCUAUAAGAAAUAGUCGGGGGUUCGUCGACUCACAUGGGGCUCCCCGCGGCGCGGCGCCGGAUCGAAUUGCAAGCUACAUCAUGCACGACGCUGUCACAUAUGUUGAAGAUGGACAUAUGGGACGUACAAUGUAUACUUCAUUUGCUCA